AUCGUCGAUAUAUCUGUCAAAUCGAGCUAGGCGAAAAUGAUUUAUAGAACUACAAGUCCCAAGAUGCAUCACGCUGUUACACCACGGAAGUUGAAGACCUCUCCCCAAACGCAAGUUGGGACCUAGUAAGUCUGCAAGCUGAAAGCAGAGAACACGUCUCCUGACCGGGCUCCGGCUAAUUCCCGCUUUGUCCAAAACUCACAGGUACCAUGGCUGAACGGGUGCUGGUGGUUGGCGGAGGAGGGCGGGAGCACGCUCUAGCUUGGAAGCUGGCCCAGUCGCAGCACAUCCAGCAAGUCCUAGUGGCGCCGGGGAAUGCCGGGACGUUCAAUUGCGGCAAAAUUUGCAACUCGGAGGUGUCGGUGAAUAACCACGCCAUACUGGCUCAAUUUUGUAAAGACCAUCACGUGGGGCUGGUGGUGGUUGGACCUGAGGUUCCGCUCGCAGCAGGUAUCGUGGAUGACUUGAUGGCGGCAGGAGUGCAGUGUUUUGGUCCAACUGCCAAAGCGGCUCAGCUGGAGGCCAGCAAGAGCUUCUCCAAGGCCUUCAUGGAGCGACACGGCAUCCCCACCGCACGCUACGGCUCUUUCACGGACCCCGAGGCGGCAUGCGAUUAUAUCCGCACGGCUGACUUUCCGGCGCUGGUUGUGAAAGCCAGUGGCUUGGCGGCAGGGAAGGGAGUUAUUGUGGCGCAGGACCAGGAAGAGGCUUGUCGGGCUGUGAUGGACAUCAUGAAGGACCGGGCGUUUGGUGCUGCAGGCGACACGGUGGUGGUGGAGGAGCUUCUCGAGGGCGAGGAAGUAUCUUGUCUGUGCUUCACCGAUGGCUUCUCGGUGUCGCCGAUGCCUCCAGCUCAGGAUCAUAAACGUCUGCAAGACGGCGAUCGGGGGCCCAACACAGGCGGCAUGGGAGCCUACUGUCCCACUCCUCAGGUGAGCGACGAGCUGUUGGGGCAGAUCCGAGAGUCUGUGCUUCAGAAGACGGUGGACGGCAUGAAGCAAGAAGGAACUCCCUACGUUGGCGUUCUGUACGCCGGGCUGAUGUUGACCCAGCAGGGACCCAAAGUUCUGGAGUUCAACUGUCGCUUCGGAGACCCCGAGUGUCAGGUCUUGCUUCCCCUUCUGAAGAGCGACUUGUACGAGGUCAUUUUGAACACCGUCAACGGCAAGCUGGCCUCCAGCGCCCCCGAGUGGCACCGGGAUAAAUCUGCCGUUACCGUGGUGAUGGCGAGUGCCGGUUAUCCUGGCGCCUACAGCAAAGGGGUGCUCCUCACCGGUCUGUCCCAGGUUGAGGAGGCAGGGAUUCAAGUAUUCCACGCAGGCACGGCGCUGAAGGACAAGCAAGUGGUCUCCAGCGGCGGCCGCGUCCUGACCGUCACGGCGGUCCGCCCCUCUCUGGAAGCCGCGCUGCAGGCGGCCAAUCAGGGCGUGGCGGCCGUGGGCUUCCCCGGCGCCGUGUACCGCCGCGACAUAGCCCACAAGGCCAUCGCCCAUUUGAAGCAACGCAGAGGCCUGACCUAUAAGGACAGCGGCGUGGACAUCGCCGCCGGCAACAAACUCGUGGACACCAUCAAGCCUCUGGCCAGGGCAACUUCCCGACCGGGAUGUAAUGCUGAGCUGGGAGGUUUCGCCGGACUCUUUGACCUUAAAGCGGCAGGGUUCAUCGACCCAAUUCUGGUUUCUGGCACUGAUGGAGUUGGUACCAAACUUAUGAUUGCUCAGGCCUGCGGGCAGCACGGCAGUUUGGGUCAGGACCUGGUGGCCAUGUGUGUGAACGACGUCCUGGCUCAGGGUGCCGAGCCGCUCUUCUUCCUCGACUACUUCUCGUGCGGAAAGCUGGACGUCAAUGUGACCGCCACGGUUGUCGCGGGUAUCGCCAAAGCUUGCGAGAUGGCCGGCUGCGCUCUGCUAGGUGGAGAGACGGCAGAAAUGCCGGGCGUCUACGGCGCUGGCGAGUACGACCUUGCCGGGUUCUGCGUCGGAGCGGUGGAGCGGGGAGCCCUGCUGCCUCGGCUGGCCGACAUCGCCGAGGGGGACCUCUUGAUCGGCGUGGCGUCCUCCGGUAUCCAUAGCAACGGUUUCAGCUUGGUCCGCAAAGUUUUGGAGCAAACCCAACUCAGCUACAGCUCCCCAGCACCUUUUGGCAACCCGGGACAGACUCUUGGGGAGGUUUUGCUGACACCGACGAAGAUCUACAGUCGUCUGCUCCUUCCAAUCCUGCACAGCGGUGCUGUCAAAGCGUACGCGCACAUCACCGGCGGAGGACUUUUGGAAAACAUCCCGCGGGUUCUACCCCAGGAGCUGGCUGUCGAUUUAGAUGCCUCUCGUUGGAGCAUCCCUCCAGUAUUUACCUGGCUUCAGAAGGAGGGUGGCCUGAGUGAGCACGAGAUGACUCGCACCUUCAACUGCGGCCUGGGUGCGGUGCUGGUGGUGGCCCCCGUGGACGUUCAGAGGGUCUUGCGGCAGCUUCAAGCCCAGGAGGAGGCCUGGAUCGUUGGGGCGCUCGCUCACAAGCCACCCGGUGCCGAGUCCGUGGUGGUCCGCAACCUCAAAUACAGCCUUCUGAACGCCGGUCCAGCUGCUAAAAACGGCAGUUGUCUCUGCGAUAGCAGCAGUCCUCACAAGAGGACCAAAGUCGGGGUUCUCAUCUCAGGCACAGGUACCAACCUUCAAGCACUGAUCGAGCAGGCCAAGCGCUCGUCGAGCUGCGCAGAGAUCGUGGUUGUCAUCUCCAACAAGCCGGGGGUUCAGGGUCUCAAGAGAGCCGCACUGGCCGGCAUCCAGACACGGGUGGUUGACCACAAACUGUACGGGAGCCGAGCAGAGUUUGACGGCACCAUCGACCGAGUGCUGGAAGAAUUCGGGGUGGAGUUGGUGUGUCUGGCCGGAUUCAUGCGGAUCCUCACGGGAUCUUUUGUCAAGAAAUGGAACGGUAAACUCUUGAACGUCCAUCCCUCCCUGCUGCCCUCCUUCAAGGGUGUGAACGCCCAAAAGCAAGCUCUCCAGGCCGGGGUGCGGGUCAGCGGCUGCACAGUCCACUUUGUCGCAGAGGAGGUGGACGCAGGCGCCAUCAUCGUGCAGGAGGCCGUGCCGGUGUCGAGCGACGACACGGAGCAGAGUCUGUCGGACCGAAUCAAAGAGGCCGAGCACAGGGCCUUCCCCGCCGCCAUGGAGCUGGUCGCCAGCGGGGCCAUCCACCUCAGUGAGGACGGACGCAUCAUCUGUAGGUCCAACUUACAGCAGUAGGAAAGGCGUACUCUGACACUGUAGCAAAAUUAGGGGGAAAAAAACACUCCAAAUUUGCAUGAACGAUGAAUGCUUACCAUUUAAAUGGACAUUAAAGAAACAUUUCUUGAGGACGAUA